AUGGGCCGCAAAUUGUUCGUUGGUGGAAAUUGGAAGAUGAAUGGGAGUUUUAAACAUAUUGAUGAGUUUUACGAAAUUGUUAUUGGCAUGCCUGCCUGCUACAUUAAAUACGCUCAGGAACACGCACCAAAGCAAGUAAAAAUUGCUGCUGAGAACUGUUAUAAGGCUAAAUCUGGGGCAUUUACUGGCGAAAUCAGCCCUGAGAUGAUUAAAGACUGUGGUUGUGAAUGGGUUAUUCUUGGUCAUUCUGAGCGGCGUCAUAUUUUUGGAGAGUCAAAUGAGCUUAUCGGUGAAAAAGUUAAGUUUGCUCUUGAAUCAGGCUUAAAGGUUAUUCCAUGUAUCGGUGAACUACUUGAAGAACGUGAAGCUGGAAAGACGAAUGAGGUCUGCUUCAAACAAAUGGAAGCCAUCAACGUCCCUAGCAAGGAAAUGUGGAAUAAAGUUGUCAUUGCCUAUGAACCUGUUUGGGCUAUUGGAAC